AUGGCAGGGAAAGUCUCAGGACUUCUGGAGUUUUUCAUGGUGGUUGGGCGAUUGAAGCGUACAGUGCGAGCUGGGUGGGUUCAGAGACAUGUGGCGCAGCCCGAGAGUGUGUCUGACCACAUGUACAGAAUGGCAGUCAUGACACUGGCACUUGGAGACAAUGACGGCAUUAACAGAGACAGAUGUUUAAAACUGGCCCUGGUUCAUGACAUGGCAGAGAGCCUGGUGGGAGACAUCACUCCAGCAUGCGGCAUCAGCAAGGAGGAGAAACACAGAAAAGAGAAGGAUGCAAUGAAUCACAUCACAAGUUUACUGCCAGGGGAUAUAGGAACAGAGGUCAUCGAUCUGUGGAUGGAGUAUGAGCAGCAGACAUCCAAGGAAGCAGCUUAUGUCAAGGACAUAGACAGAUUUGAGAUGAUUCUGCAGGCGUAUGAAUACGAGAGAGAACAAAGUAGGCCAGGAGAGUUGCAGGAUUUCUUUGACUCUACAAAAGGCAAAUUCAAACACCAGACAAUACAAGAGUGGGUACAGGAGCUGGAAAAAAUGAGAAACAAAGACCCUACAGAUGAUAAGACAUAGCAUUUAUAAUGUCACAACUCAGAACAUUCUUUAAACAGACUCCAUAAAUGAUAGACAUACUUAAAACAAAGACUCCACAGAUAAUAUGACACAACAUCUGGUCACAUGUCACACCACUGGACAUAACAUACUGAAGGAAUACUGGUGUCUCUUCCUGGUGUGACCUAUUGUGCCCUGGUGUGACCUAUUGUGCCCUGGUGCGACCUAUUGUGCCCUGGUUUGACCCAUUGUGCACUGGUGUGACCUAUUGUGCCAAGGAGUGACUUAUUGUGCCAAGUAGUGACCUAUUGUGACUUGGAGUGACCUCUUGUGCUAAGGAGUGACCUUUUGUGACUUGGAGUGACCUCUUGUGCCAAGGAGUCACUUAUUGUGCCAAGGAGUGACCUAUUGUGCUCCACGAAAACAAUGAUAUGACGUCCUUCGUGACAGGGGCAGGAUUGCCAUUGUCAUGGGAAAUGUGGUUGAAAUAUGGUUGUUAAAGACAUAUGGUGAAAAUGGUGGAAUAUAUUGGACAAAGUGUCCAGUAUAUUUGCAGUAUUUUUUUUUCUUACCAAAAGGUAACAUGUGCACCUUAGUGAUGUCCAUGGUGUAUAAACUUACAACUAAUACAUUUUAGAAGAUUUUAGAAAGUAAUUUUAAAGAGGAUAACUAAAAGACAGUAAGUUUUAUUACUAAUCACUGACCUACUGAAAAUACAGUCAAUAUCUUAACUUCUGGUGAUAAGCCAAAAAAGCACAAUGCUGAAUAGUCUGACACAGUGAUGUCACUGCUUGUCUGACUUUGCAAAAGCUUUUUUGUUUGUUUGUUUGUUUUUUUCUGUGAAAAAAGCAUUUACUUUCAUAUGAAAAUAUGUAAUAAAUUUAACAAGUUUUAGCUAUAGAAUAUGAGAACCUUGUUCGUUUUGUCAGAAAUCUUAAAACCGUCCACACAGAGCCGAAGCCUGGGAAAGUCCUUAUAUGACUAGUUAAGUAGCAUUGUUUUAUAAGCAGAAAGGAAUAUUUAUUCACGUCUUAUAAUCCAUAUCCUAAUACACCCGUUCUUUCGCGGGUUGAAUGCGUGGCAUAAAUGAGUCCAAUACUCUUCUUUCGUCAGUCCAAGGUGAUGGAGUACAACAUUGACCUUAGCAGCACACAAGCUUACCCAGUUGUUUAAAUCCGUGGUCCGUUAUAUAUCAUACUAGAAAAGCACUCCGAGAGCGCAGACCUCCGCCAAGGCAGCGAUUUUUGUAUAUUAUUGUUCAUUGAUUGA